CUUCACAGCUCCAAAUCCAACCCAUAAAGAAAGCAUCAUGGAGGUCUGUGUAUUCUUCCUUUAUGCUAUGAUACUUCUCCCAGGUAUUGCUGCCAGUGUGCAUCAGGUGAAGUCAUUUCUCAAUCACACUGCGUACCUAUCCUGCUAUUUUCCAAACUCUCAGAAAACUGACAUAAAGGAUUUAAGAGUUUUUUGGCAAAAAGACGCUGUUGAAGUGGUGCACGAAGUAUACCAUGGCCAAGAAAAACAUGAUAACCUUAGUCCUAAGUAUAUAAAUCGCACCAAGAUGGACAUGGACAAAUGGACCUUGCAAUUGUUAAAUGCAGGAAUUGUGGACGAGGGGCAGUAUUCAUGUAUUAUACAGCACAGAGAUAAAGGAUCGCCAAAGGUCAUACACACAUCUGAGUGCUUACUGCACAUCAUUGCCAACUAUAGUCAACCUGAGAUAGAAUGGCUGCACACUGGGGAACUAAAGCCCAACGAAUACUUGAAUCUUUCCUGUUCUUCCAGCGGAGGUUAUCCAGAGCCCAAGCAGAUGACUUGGCUAAUUUCACAUGAAAACGAAACAUCCAGACAUAUGGGUCCCAUGGAUGUCUCACAGGAUGUUGUAACAAAGCUGUACAAUGUUACUAGCAAGCUGAAUAUCACAGUUCCUACAAACACCCGCACUAAUAUUAGCUGCUUACUUCACCUUGGAGAGCAGCUGGGGAGCCUUGUCUCAGUGCCACUAGUCAUAGAGAUACAGAGGGAAGAAAGGGAGCAAGCGAAGACAGAUUUCUUUGGCCCACUUAUAGCCGUGAUUGUACUGAUCACAUUCCUUCUGGCUUUUGUGAUAUUGAAGAAGAACAGAAAUAUCUCAUCUACCAACCACAGUGUCAGUCUAGCAGUCUAGAAGCUAUCCAGCUUGAAACUGAGGCCAUCAGCCAGACUGCUGACUGGGAACCAUCUCUGCACAUAGCAAGGCCUGAGGUCCCAUAUUCUUAGAUGCUCUGCCAGAACAAGAAUCCUCCCCAGGCACCCUGCAGAACAACAUGCAACAUUUUUGUCUGAUGGCUGAAAUCCACUGUCCAGUGUUCUCUGCUUUCAUUUUUGCUCCAGAAUGGUAGUAAAUAUGAUGCUCUGCCUGUCUGCAUGACCAUCU